AUACAGCAAAAAUGAAGCUUCUGGCCUAUAACAACAUGGUGAAAAGGACACAAGGUUUGAUAAAUGAAAGAAGACACGUUCAACGUUAGAGUCAUCGGUCAUCGUGCCUAAAUAAAAGAAUGGAGUACUCCGGUAAAAUUUCAGUAUAUACGUGUACGUAAAUAGUUGUUUAUUUUCGAACACAUCCACGUAUAUUCAUGUUGUAUGUUACUGUGUAGAUUUAUAAGGCUGUAAUGCAAAAUUGAUCGAUGAUAACCGACAAGUGAGCUUAGAAUGUAGUAUCUGGCAAAUUGGGUUGCUGAUAAAUCGGGGCAUUGAAAAUAUGUGGUCGUGUGGGACUCGGUUUGAAUUCUGCUGCUCUUGUGGACCUGGCCAUUCAGUAUUUGGACCUGAUGGAGCCUGUUUCUAUUUGGCAGCUACUAAUGGCUGAGAAGGAGAGUCAACCAGAAAUCUUUCCGCAGAAAAAUCCCCUUGAGCUAUCAUCCUCCCCAGCUGGUGGGAGGAGAAGAACAUGGCCGGAAGUGGUAGGGCUGACCGCAGAAGAAGCGGAAAGGAAGAUAAAGGAAGAGAUGCCAGCUGGCACCCGUGUUGACGUGGUUCAACCUGAUUGGUUCGUGACAAUGGAUUACAGAACUGAUAGGGUCCGGAUCUUCAUCGAUUCCACCGGGAGAGUUCACAAACCACCAAUGAUUGGCUAAUUUUACAUUACUUGUGUUUGAAUUUCAAUAAUAAUAAAUUUUCUUCUUCCAUUAGUGCUCUGCUUCUUUUUUUCCUUA